UCUCCUCCUGUGAACCCAGUCUUCAGCUCAAUGAUAGGACGUGAGCAGGACGGCAUGGCUGACUUGCUGAUACAGAGCAUGUCCACUGUAUUUAAAGACCAGCGUCCAAAAGAAACUCACAUAUUAUAUGCUUUCUUCAGUCUGUGAGUUUCCGAGAGCAUUGGGAGAAGAAGCCAGAGUGUUUAAUCACUGGCAAUUUCAAAAUAAAGCCAAGCCAUAAGGAACAGGCUGCACAAUGACGGAUCCCUGAAACAUCAUGGACAUUAAAUUUGGAUUACGCAGCCUGACUCAGUUUGUCCUGAACACAAUCACAUUGAGUCAAGCUGGUCUUGGCCUCUCAAAAUGGUGCUGAGCUGAAGUAAGAUGGCCUCAGGCAGGAUGGCAAGUCCUCAGAGCAGCUCCAGACAGAGCAGCUCGCUCUCUUCAUCUCCAAUGAGUACCCGUGCGCAGUCUCUUCAGGUUGACUCGGUCCAGCGCUGGAUGGAAGACCUCCGUCACAUGACGGAAGUAGAGUGCAUGUGUGUCCUCCAGGCCAAACCCAUCGGGGUAGAGGAGGACUCUCAGCAGGGAGAGCUGAUUGUGGGCUCUGGGGUUGGUGCAGGGGACCACGUGGCUAGAAACAACCUGCAGACGCUCCUUCGCCGAGCUUUGGUGGUCAGCACAGAGCUAGGAAAGAUGUUUCAGCGGCUGGAGAAGGGGCGCUGGCAGAGGGUCCACAGCACGGCUGUACGGGCAAACUGCCAUGUUCGCUCACUGGUACAUGAGUACAGUGCAGCUCGAAGCACGCCACCGGAGAUGCAGAAGUAUGAGAAGUCUUUGCUGGAAAAGUGUAUGGAGCUGACUAAUAUUACAGAGAGGUGCCUUCACACUGACGAUGAAUUCUUCCUGAAAUCCAUGAGGGAGGCCAUCCAUGAGAUCCUUACAGAUGUCAGUGACUCAUUCAGCAACAUGAUUGACAUGGCUUUAGCCAAUGAGAUCCGGGUUCUGAUCAAGCAGAUUGAAUCAUCAGACAGCCUUCAUACCAUUGGUAGUGCCAUUAGCAACCUGCUGUCCCUAACCCAGGAUGGACCUCAGCUCUGCAGCAUCAUUGCCAAGGAAGGAGCUGUGGUAGCCCUGUUUAAGAUCUGCAGACAGGACCGCUUUAGAGAUCUGUACGCACACGCUUUAAGAACAGUGGCCUCCAUCUGCUGUGUGGAGGAAGGCAUUAACCAACUGGACAAGGUGGACGGGAUCCUGUGCCUGGCAGACAUCUUGACUGAUGAAAGCAGCGUGGAGGCAGCCAGAGCUGAAGCGGCAGCUGUUGUAGCUCAGAUCACUUCGCCUCACCACACAUCCACUCAGCACCUCGCCAGCUUCCUGGAGAGCAUGCACGACAUUGUCACGGCGCUCAUCAAGUUGUGUGAGACCGCGUCCUGUGGUGAAGUGUUCCUCCUGGCGUCGGCUGCCUUGGCCAAUAUCACCUUCUUUGACAGCAUGGCCUGUGAGAUCCUCCUGCAGCUUAAUGCCAUCCACAUCUUACUUCAGGCCUGCAAAGACCGUCAGAGAGUUGACACACCCUACUCCAAAGACCAGGUGGUGACGAUCUUGGCAAACCUGUCCGUCUUAGAGCAGUGCGCAUCUGAAGUCCUGCAAGAACAAGGUAUAGAAAGACUGCUACUGUUGCUGGGAGAAAAACCAUCCUCUUCCAGUCCAUCAGAGGGCGCUGCCUGUGAGCGUGUCCAGCAGAAAGCUGCCGUCACACUGGCCCGACUGAGCAGAGACCCUGAUGUGGCCCAAACAGCUAUCCAGCUUAAAGCUGUUCCUCGCCUUAUUGAACUGUGUCGCUCCCCUACUGAGAGAAAUAACAGUGACUCUGUGCUGGUCGCUUGCCUGGCUGCUUUGAGGAGGCUGGCAGCAGGCUGUCCAGACAGCAUCGAGGCAGCCGACCACCAGCAGCUGAUCAAACCACGUCUAGUUGACUCUUUCCUGCUGUGUUCCAACAUGGAGGAGAGCUUUGUAUGAUCCCCUGCACACCGAAUCACUGAGAGUCAAGAACUCUCAUUGUCAGUACAAAAACACACGUGUUCUGAAGGAGUGUAUCUAUUUCAUGACUACAGUCUAAAUUUCUUGUUCAGUUAAUAGGAAAUAGCUGAAUAGAUGCAGAGAACAUAUAUUAGUAAAUGUGUAUAAAUGUGUUGCAUAGUGCAACUCAAUUUUCAGAUUAAAUGCAACAAACAUGUACGCUGUUUUAGGAAAAAGUGGGUCAUUAUUUCAUGUAAUUCCACAGAGAAUUUCAUUAUUUCAUUAAUCAUAACAGUAAGUGUUUGUAUAAGUAGGUGAAACUGUUUGAAAAAAAAUGCAAUGAAAUGCUUUAAAUGUUACCACUGUGCAAUUUUUUUUCUUACAUGUUGAUAUUGUUUCCGAAGCUUUUUGACUCUAUCAAAGGAAAACUGUCAAUCUGAAAUGUUUAGCAUUUAAGAACUGAGAUUGAGUUCUGGUUAAUCUUUUCUCAACUGUUUAAAAUAAUAAACUUUUUCAGUGAGCAACCAUUUUUUAAAAUAACCAUUCACAAGUAAAUUAUUACCACUGUU